CUGGAACAAGAGUUUAGAACCUUGGCUAGGUUCUUGCCGGAGUACGCGGUUGAUGAGAACCGCAUGACGGAGCACUUUUGGGAUGCCCUACUCUUGGACAUCCGUGACCGAGCUACGUACUCGCGCCACAUGACCUUCAGUGAGGUGGUGGAGCAGGGCCUUCUCGGGGAGGCCCAAUGGAAUGAGAGAAAAGAGAGAGACGCCGAGGAGGCGAAAAAGAGGAAAUGGCAAAGUUCGGGGCCACCCGAGCAAGCACGAAAGGAUAAGCACGGUGGAGGUGGCGGUUCGUUCAAGACACCGGCACCACCGGCAAAGAAGAACAGGGAUGCUCGGUGGCAUGCAUCCUCCUCACAAAGGACGGGGCCUCCAAAGUGUGCCAAUUGUUCGAAAAAUCAUUUUGGGAAGUGCAAUGCACCCCCAAGGUGUUAUCAAUGCGGGAACACGGGCCACAUGAAGGCAAAUUGCCCACAAUUAGGGGGAGGAGGAGCUUCGGGAUCCGGAGGAGGAACCAUGACGGGAAGAAACCGUGCGGGACCGUCAAACGGCGGUACGGGAAGAGGCGGCGCGUCCACAAGCCAUGCCGCGUCCGUAAAUCAAGGCGGGACCCAAGCACGAGUGUACGCAAUGACCGAGGCGGAUGCGCGAGCAAACCCGGACUCCGUUGCAGGUUGAAGCUAGAGCUUGCUACUUGCACCUUCUCACGGGUGAUAUCAAAUCAGGGAGACGUGGUUCGUGCUUCCUUAUUUUCUUUCAAACUACCGAACACUUGCUCAUGGAUAUUUGUUUUACUACAAACUAUUUUUGGGGCUUGCAUGCCCAUGUUGUCGGCCGGUUGUGGCCCAUGACUUACCGUUGAAUAUUUCCGCUAUUCAUUGGUUUAAUGUGAUGUUGUUAUGUAUGUUU